AUGAAGUUCACCGCUGUCGCCGCUAUCGCCAUGGCCGCCGUGGCCUCGGCCCAGUCCGAAGUCCCUUCUUGUGCUUUGCCGUGCCUCAACGAUGCCGUCAAGAGCCAGACCAAAUGCGCCACGACCGACUACGCUUGCGUCUGCAAGGAGGAAAACUUCACCAAAGUCCAGGGUGCUGCCAGCUCUUGCGUUCUUGAAAAGUGCGGCACCGAAGUUGCCCUGAACAAGGUCCUUCCGGCUGCGAAGGCGCUCUGCGACAAGGCUGGAAGCUCUGGUGGCGCUGCUUCUACCGGCAUGGCCUCCGGGACUCAGGCUCAGGCCACUGACAUGGCUGAGUCUACGGGCAUGGCCAAGCCUUCGGAAAUGGCCCAGCCUACUGACAUGGCCCAGCCAGCCGAGACUGAGUCUGCCGACUGCUCUGCCGGUGCUGAGCCUGCCGGUGCUGAGCCUGCCGGUACUGAGCCUGCCGUUGCUGAGCCUACCGGUAUGGAGGCUCCGCCAGCUCCAGCCAGCAACGGCACGGGCGCUGCUCCUCCAGCCGAGUCCGCUCCCGUGACUGCUGGUGCUGCUGGUCUCGCCCCUAUUGGCGGUCUUGUCAUGCUCGCCAUUGGUGCCCUGGCUCUGUAA